UUUUAUGGAAUCGAUUGCCUUCUUCUUCAGUUACAACAAUUGCUUAUAAAGAAGGUCAUGUUGCGACAGGUCUCAAAGAUGGAUUCAUAUGGAUUUAUCACUGUAUAAUUGAUGAACAAGGCGUCCUUCAAUUACGACAUAAAGUUCUCUGCAUUGGUCAUAAAUCGGCCAUUACUGCUCUAACUAUCACAGAAGGGUUAACUGAUGGCUGUGUUGGGAAUAAUUAUGUAUUAAUUAGUGCUUCAGAAGAUGGAGAAGUUAUGAAAUGGUGUUUAUUAGAUGGACGAUGCCUUGUGUGUAUGCCUAAAGCUUUUGAUGGUCCAAUUAGGAGUAUUAAACCAUUAGCUGCAUGUGCUGAGACGCCUAAAAUUCUCCUUUGCUCUGGGUUCUCAAAUGAAAUCACUAUAUUAAACAGCACAUCUCUGGAGGUUGUGAGAAUUUGGGCUGGUCAUAACGAUUGGGUUGCUUGUACACCAUUUUAUGAUUCCGAUGCACGCCAAUUAAGACUUCUAUCUUCAAAUUUUAAUGGAUUUCUGAAAAUUUGGGCAUUUGAUGAAAAUAGACAGACCAUUAUAAAAGAGUAUGAUAAUGUUGGAAUACUGCAGGCUCAGGGCGACAAAAUUCUUGAAUUAAUCAAUAACCCAUAUGAUAUUGGUGUGAUAAUGGCAAUUACAAAUAAUUAUAUUAUU